CCGCAUGUGACGUACGUUUGAUCGUUCGUUCUAAACAUUUGCACAAUACGAUUCGUGACAAACGUUAUAAAUAGGAGAUCGGACUUACUUUGUACUUCACAAGUGAAGGAAUCUGUGCGAAGAGGAAGAUAUCGGAGCAAAUGUGAGACCAAGCCUGUGACUCUGCACAACGCUGUUCAGCUUCGAUUCCUUCCGCGCGAAUAUCGCACGGAACACACAGAAAGAUAUAACAGAAGGUCCGCAUCCGUCGAUAAGAGAAGACGUUCAAAAUUAUUACGCUCUCCGAUACAGACCGAUGAGUACCAACAAUUUUCACGUGUAUUAAUUUUUAUAUUUAAUCAAUUAAGCUGAGGAGAUUUUAAUAAACGCUAAAGUACUCGACACAAGGACACACACUUUCUGCAAAACACACACUCUGCACGUAGUGUUUUUUGUUCUUUUGUAAAAAAAACAUCAUUUACGCAGAUAUUACUGUUGGCAUGACGGUUUUAAGACUGUUAAUAACCGCGUUGAUAUUUGGCGUCGCGACCGCUCUUCCCACCAACAGAGAUGCGAGAAAUAUCUCGCACACGGCGAGUAAUUACCGCUUGCCAGACAACGCAGCGCCGAUUCACUACAAUAUCAAAUUAAUACCAUACAUCGAGGAGGGUAAUUUCACUUUCGACGGUGAAUCCAACAUCACUGUCCGGAUUCGUCGGCCAACGCAGAAUUUACGUUUGCACGCGGUGAAUCUGACAAUCGACGAAGCUGCGACAAGUUUGGUCGACAGCAUUGGAAACAGUCACGUGCCCACGGCUCAUAAUUUCGACGAUGUAACGGAAAUUCUAAUAAUCGACUUUGAUAAUGAUCUGUCACCCGGAGUUUAUGUUCUAUAUGUGAAAUUUGUUGGUAUCCUGACUGACGACGACAAUGUCUUCGGCUUCUAUAGAACGUUUUAUCGUACCGAAGACGAUAGAGUGACAUGGUUGGUCGCAACACAGUUCGAACCCACAAUGGCCCGUCGUGCAUUUCCUUGUUGGGACGAGCCGGCGUUAAAAGCCACCUUCAAUAUCUCGAUAAAACACAACCGAAACCUCACGGCUCUGUCGAACAUGCCGAUGCGAGAACAAACGGAAGACGGCAAUGAAGAUGGCAUGAUAUGGACGCAUUUCGAAAAGACUCCGAUUAUGUCCACUUAUCUGGUUGCGUUCGUCGUGUCCGAUUACGUUCGUAUUCCAACUGAAGACAGUACCGUAAACGUGUGGUGCAGACCCGCUUUGGCACCGUACUCACGCUUCGUGGAAAGAGUUGCCACGCAGUCCGCAAAGAUAUUGACGGAAUACACCAACACUACCAACAAGGUGCCAAAAAUGGAUCAUGUCGCGACGCCGAAAUUUCCAAACGGAGGCGCCAUGGAAAACUGGGGACUCAUCAUUUAUGGUGAAAAGGAUUUCACCUACGAUGAGGAACAAAACACAACAGAGGCGAAGCAAAGAAUAGCAGAAGUAGGAGCGCAUGAAAUCACACAUUACUGGUUUGGUAAUUUAGUCACUCCGUCAUGGUGGUCCGAGGUGUGGUUAAGCGAAGGAAUCACGACGUUCUUCACGGAACAUCUUCUCGACGAGCUUUUUCCCGAAUGGCAAAGAAUGAAUUACUUCGUGGUUAAAGUUCAACAAAAGUCCCUCCAUAACGACGUUGAAAAAAAUAUGAUGCCUGUUAUGGCAGACGUUAACACACCCGACGAAAUUUCCUCACUUUUCUCGGACUCUAGUUACGCCAAGGCACCUUCUAUAGUGCGUAUGCUACAACAUAUUGUUACCAAAGAUGUGUUUCGAAAGGGCAUUAUUAAAUUUCUGCACGCCAAUCAGUUCGGUUCAGUUACUUCCGACGACUUUUGGACCGCUUUGCAAGAAGCCUUAGACGAGUCGGAUGUCUCGCACGAUUACAAAAUAAAAGAAGUAAUGGACGCGUGGAUAAAACGAAGGCAUUAUCCCGUGGUAAACGUGACUCGAAAUUACGAGAACGGCGACGUAAUACUGACGCAAGAACACUAUCGCCCGCAAAACACCACCGACAACGACAAGUGGUGGAUACCCAUCACUUUCGCAACGCAAUCGAAUCCUGAUUUUUCCAAGACUUCUCCCUCUUUUUGGUUGAGACCGCAAGAUCAGUCUGUGACUAUAAAAGGAAUCGAUCCGAACGACUGGAUCAUCGUCAACUUACAGGAAACGGGAUAUUACCGCGUUCAAUACGACGACAACAAUUGGUGGAAGAUUGCGACUUACCUCAAUUCGGACAAUUACACAAAGAUUCACGUGCUUAAUCGCGCUCAGCUUAUCGACGACUACGCUCAUCUUGUAAGUUCCACCUCAUUCGAUGAGAAUUUGUUUAUUAAGUUCACGGAGUACUUAAGCAGAGAAACGGACGAUAUACCAUACGUGUCCGCGGCGAAAUUGUUAGAAACACAAGCGACCUUCUUCAAAUUGCCAGACUUUUACCAAAUUAUCAGCUUCGUAAAGUCGCACGUACUGAGAACCUUGAGCGCGCUUGUCAAAAGAGUUGGAUACGAAGAAGAUCCGGCCGAGAAUGACGUUAGGAAGCUUCAGAGAAGCUCGAUUUUAAAGUGGGCAUGCACUUUCGGUCACUCCGGGUGCAGAAAAAUGGCCACUCUUAAAAUGAACGAACAUCUCGCAGAUCCCGAAACACACAAAAUUCCGCCAAAUUUAAAGGAUUGGAUAUUCUGUAAUGGCAUGAUGGAAGCAAACGCGUCUACGUUGUACAAAUUCGUAAAACAAUAUGCCACGUCAGACGAGAACUUUUUAAAUUACUUGACUUGUUCGGAAGAUCCUGAAAUAUUACGUGAUAUUUUAAACGUGUUUUGGAACGAGUCGGCAAUAACAAAUUGGGAGUACGAAACGAUUUUUGAUACUAUUGUCGAGAAACACGCGGACAAUGAUUCGGUGCUUGAUAAUUUAUUAACAACUGUAAAUAACACACUCUCCAGAGGGUACACGCCAAAAAAGAUAUUUACAGAUAUUACUAAUAAUAUUUAUUCUACCGACCAACUUGAAAAGAUAAGCAACUUUGCAAAAAAUAACUUCGACGACAAAAUAUUCAAACAGAUUGAGACCACGAUAGACGAGCGUAGAGCUAAACUGUGCGAUGUAAUUGCUGGACUUCCAUUAAAAAAUAAACUCGAAUGAAAAAAAACUCGAAGAAUCGAAACAACAAGCGAAAUAUGUACGCGUAUAUUUUUUAUGUAUCAUGUUAUUACUGUUAAUAGAAAAAAAGAAUUUGUAGUGAAAGCAAAAUACUAUAAAUUCAAUAUAAUACUAAACUACUACACACUAUGUCGCGUAUGUUUUAUUACUUGUCGAUCCUGUUACUUUUUAUAAAUAUCAGAAAAUGCAUAAAAAAGAGAAUUUGUUUUGCCGCGUCA